AUGGCUGCUCCAACUGCGGGUCCUGAUCAGACAGGGGUGGACACCGGAAGUCAGCUGCGGGAAUGGGAUGCUACAGAUUCCUUCAUUAGCCCUCGCCGUGAGGCGCGGAUAGAAGCAAAUGCCCUCCAGCGCUUGUCUCGGGACGCACAUACCCUGUCGCAAGCCACCGACCAAAUGGCUUCGAUGAUCCACACGGAGACGUUCGAUGUGGUCGAGGAACGCGUUCGGCAGACCGUGGAGGACUCACAGGAUGUGGUAGAGACCCUGAAAGACGUGGCGAUAGGCAAAUCUCGGUCACGCGUUCUGAGCUCAGCUGUCCCACAUUGGGGGUAG